UCGGGUAGGAAACGCCCUCAAGAGACAGAAGCUAGUACGGUCGGGACUCUUCAUGUGAAUGCAAAACGUGCGAGAUACGCAAACCAGUCCCAACUACAACACAGUAACCAGAGUAAACAAAACCAUCAGGGACGCUUUGAUAAGAGACCGGUACUAAAGAAGUUUAAGGGUUUCAAGAAAUAUGACAAUAAAGGAAACAGACCAAACCAAACUUCAACUUCAAACAAAGAUCAGGCAGAAACUCAGCGAAGUGCUCCAGGGGCUAAGAAGGGAUUGGUGUGUAUAUUUUGCGAAGGGGGCCAUUAUAAUGAUAGUUGCCCUGAAGCAUCUACUUUAGCAGAAAGGAAGAAACGACUUGCAGGACGAUGCUACAUCUGCUUCAGUAAGAAUCACGUAGCAAAUGCUUGCUGGAGAAAGAGAAGGUGUGCCCGUUGUAAAGGAGAAGUACCGCAUAAUAGAGCAUUAUGUCCUUUAAAUUUUCAGAAGGAUACAACGGAGAAGAGUCAGUCCUGACGGUUCUAGAAGAGGGAAUCACAGCACUCCAAACGGCAACAGUUUAUGCAAGCCCCAUAGAUGAUAAGAAUAAACAAUUUAAAUAUAGGCUUCUUUUAGAUCCAGGUUCCCAACGCUCUUAUGUAACAUUCCGGACUGCAAAGGAAUUAAAACUUCCCGUCGAAGAAGAGAGUCAUCUAGUAGUAUUCACCUUCGGCGACGAUCCUCCCAGAGAGAUACAUAGCCCAAUAGUCACCCUUCAUCUACUAUCUAGAACAAACAAGAACAUAGUAAUACAGGCUAACUGCGUAGAGCAUAUCUCCAGAGGUUAUAUACCUAAUGUCAAGAUGAAGAACUUACCGGAGUCAUAUACACUAGCGGACGACGGGUCGCUAAGCGGACCUGUACAGAUCUUGGUUGGAAACGAAUAUUACUGCAACAUAACUUACGAGAAAAAGGUACAACUGGAUAGCAAUUUGUUUCUAAUCGACUCUGCACUUGGUUGGAUAAUUAGUGGUAGAGCAGAACCACAGCUUAGAGACGAGUCGUACGUAGUGACUUACACUCAGACUUGCAUUGAAACGAAGCUUCAUCAGCCAGAUCCACCUCUUUGUAAUGGAGACAUAAAGAGCCUUUGGGAACUAGAAUGUAUAGGUAUUAGUGAUUCCCCAAGAGCAACUAGAGAAGAAGAAGCCAUCAAAUAUUUUAAUGAUACAACUUUAAAAUUAAAUAAUCGUUACACGGUAAGCUGGCCUUGGAUAACUUAUCCACCGGAUUUACCUAAUAAUUUUGGAAUGGCUUUUGGUCGUUUAUCAAGCUUAUUGAAGCGUAUGAAUCAAGAUACGUUAUUAGCAUACAGCGAUACGUUUAAAGAACAAUUAGAUAAAGGUAUAAUAGAAGUUGUACCUACUUCAAGAACGUCAACGGGUAACGUCGUUCACUACUUACCUUUCCAUGGAGUACGUCACCGAGGAAAACCUAUGAGAAUAGUUUAUGAUGCUAGCUCUAAGAGUAGCAAAGACACCAAGAGUCUGAACGAAUGUUUGUACAGAGGACCACUCAUGUUAGAAGACCUCACUGGCUUACUUAUAAAAUUUAGAACUCAUCGGAUAGGUUUAACCUCAGAUAUUGAAAAGGCGUUUUUACAGAUGGUGUUACACAAGAAGGAUCGUGAUGUUUUGUAG